UGUCAAACGAAACGAAUCGUAACGUAAUCGUAGUUUUGUUUAUCUUUAUAAUUGUUGUUUAUUUUAUGAAUUAACUGGAAUAAUAAACCAAUACCAUCUGUAAUAUGGAACAAUGGACGAAUUCAUGCCGUGCUUGCCUCAAAAGAGCCGAGUGUUACUCUCAUUUUAUUUACGAACACAUAAGUCCCGAACAGUAUUUUUAUUGUACAUCAAUUGAGGUAAAAUACGAAGAUGGACUUCCAAAGGCUUUAUGUGACCAUUGUUACAUAUUCAUUAAUGAGUUUAUAGAAUUCAAAGCAAAAUGUGUUCAGUCAGAAAACGAAUUACAGACAUUGUUAUUAAAAGAAGAACUUUCUAUGAAAUUAGAAACAAAUACAUCUGAUGUGGCAGCUACACAGAAUACAAUGAGUGGAGAUGAGCUUAUAGCUCUAGAAACAACAUACAAUGUAAAAAUUGAAAUAGAAGAUGCUAAAGAAGAAGCGGAAGAAAUUUUAAGUGACAGCCAUAAUGAUGAUGCACAGAAGGAUAUUGAAGACACUGUUGAGGCAACCAGUUCAGUAAAACUUAAGAAGUCAACCAAAAAGAGUAUAAAAGCAAAAAACCCAAAAAAUUACAAUUGCGAGCACUGUAAUAGGAAAUUUUCAUCUGAAAAACGUCUGGAGAACCAUAUGAUAAUAUGCCCCAACAAAGAAGGAAAGGGGGAAUUUAUAGAGUGCAAUAAAUGCCACAAAACCUACAAGGGUGCUUCCAGCCUCCGCUGCCACAUAAAAUCUUGUCACACUGACUAUACAUUCAAGGAUUUGACAUGCCAGAUUUGCUUUAAAGUGUUCAGUAGCCCCCACACUCUCAAGAGUCAUCACAGAACUCACGAGCAAAAAUGGCAGCGUGUCUGCGAGGAGUGUGGAAAAGUGUUUAAAAACACUGCUACAUAUAAGCACCACUUAGACACGCACAUCAAGAACCGCGAACGGAACUAUCCAUGCGAGUACUGUGGCAAAAAAUUCAUCAAUAAGAAGGUCUGCGGCAGUCACAUCCUCAUACGCCACAGGAACAGACAGUACAUAUGCGAUUACUGCGGUUACGUGUUCUCAGAGAAAGCUUACCUAAAACAACACAUUAUGCGUCACGAAGGAAGAAAUCCUAUGUACCAAUGUGACGUAUGUUCACAGUCAUUAACGUCCAAACCAUCUCUAAAGGCCCACAAAAGAAUGCACACUGGCGAGAAACCUUACAGCUGCAAGUAUUGCAUGAAGAACUUUGUUGGCAAACUGGGGUUGGAGGAACAUGAACGGAGCCACACUGGAGAAAAACCUUUUGAGUGUGUCGUGUGUGGAAUGAGGUUCUCCAGACGGAAUUCUAUGAGGCGACAUAUGAAGGUGCAUAAUAAGUAAGUUGUAGGCAGAAAAAUCUGAACAGAUAACUUUAUUUAUAUCAUUUAUAUGCCCAUGACGGGCCUGGAGGCAAUGUCAAAAAAAAGGACAAAUAAUGGUAUUUGUGUUUAUUUAUAAUUUACAUUUGUACAAGAAUAAAUUUCAAUUUUAUUUUUCCUCUGCAAGUUAUGCUGCUGUUACUUAAUUUCUAGUAAACAAGAAAAAAAUUG